CGGGUGGGCGCUUAAUGUAGGGCGCGCCCUGACGCUCUGGCAGCCUCCAGGGUGUCUCUCCCGUCCCGAUCACCAUAGGGUGCCCCGCACCAGCAGCCUUCGUUCCGCAGGCGCCGCGGGAGCCCCGAGGCCCGGUGGUGGAGUCGGCGCUGCUGCCAGAGGCGCCAGCUCUGCUGCUUCUCUCCCUCCGUCUCGCCUUGGCAAGGAUGGGUGCGCCCGGGCGCCCGGCUGGAGUACCUGGGGACAUGGAGAGAACCCCGAUUUGUCCUUUCUGUGCGCUCCCCCGUGCACCCCUCACCCUUUCGGGUAAGAGGAUGAGGUUUAAAGAGUUCGUCCUGCCAGGAUCUUAAGGCCAAUGGCAGGAAUUCGGGCAGAGGGUGUGUAGGAAGAUGGUGUCAGGUAGAGGCGCGGUUUUUUGACUCGCGGCCCACAAAUGAAGGCGCUGACCCUCCUAGCAGAGGAGGAACCACGGGACGUAAUAUUUCUUGGACUAGUUUCUCUUCGUCUUUCUCUGGAACUUAAAACCGAAACAAUUAAGAAUCUCAAAGUGAAGGAACAGAGACUAGUGUGGCCGCGGUGUGCCCUGCGGGAUGGCGAAUUCGUGCGAAGGACCCCACACGGUGAUCUCCAGGACCCCCAAGGGCGGGAGCGGAUGCCCCGGAACCGGGGCGGGGAUGGGGGAACUUUCCUGGCCUCGCCAACACCUUGGGCACAGCAGGGCGGGGAAGAGGGCGGAGGUGUCACCCGCCAGAGGAGCUGUCCGAGAAGCAGACCCCGAGCCAGUGUCCCGGGGGUGGCUCCGCGGCAACCCGCUGCAGGCGGAACCUGCGUUGUUGUCCCCAGUGCAGGGUCUGGCCUGGACUCUUGCGCGCGGAGCGGGGAUAAGUCACCAGGUCGAGCGAAGACGCGGGGUAGGGCAGAUGGAGGAAGCUAGAGGCUCUCCGAAGGGAGCGGCCAGGUCAGAGGCAGAGGCCUCGACCUCCCCUGAACUAUUGGCCCGAGGCGCGGGGACUCCCAGCAAGUCUAAGGAGGCACUUGGAAACCACCUUUUCUUACUGAAAGGCCUGACUCUGGGGUUUCCCCCCUGCGCUUUGGCCUUCCCCCACAGUGCCCGGGGAGGAGACUGAGAGAGGCUUCUUCCUGCGGCAGCUGUUGCCCCCCAGCCUUCGCUGGUCUCCGGGUGUGAUCCACCCGCGUGGGGGAGGUGGAAUGUAGGGUAUCGAGGGUGCAGGAACCCCCAUGCCUCCUCCCUGAACUUGGCGUGGGGUUUGGGGAGAGAGACGAUGUGAAUCAAACUCGGGAGGUGGCAAGGGGCUUGCUGCUCUGCCCACAACCAGGGGGCUGCAGUACUUUCUCUUCUAGGGGCCCCUGGUGCCCACAGUGUUCCAGACUCCUCAAGUCGCUGGCUCCUCCGGGGACGUCAGGGCCCUGGCAUGAGUUGUGGGACCACCCCGACCCCAGAGGGGCUGUUGGCUGCUUCCUGUAUGGAGACUCCCUCGGGUCCUCAGCAUCCACUUCUCUUUCGGCGUCCCAUGGAAGCUGAUGCAGGCGCUGCCGGGUUUUCCCACUUUCCAGCAUCCACAAAGCUAGGUCUGAGGCUGCAGAAAUGUCACCCCUGAGACUGCAGACCUCUUCCGCUGUCAAGGAGUGGGGCAGACCCCUGACCAGCCCUGCCCUUCUCCAUCCCUUUCCAGCAGUGGGGCGGGAUGUAGGAGGGACUUCCUGAGGGCUGCCCUAUAUCUUCUGGGGUCCCCUGGAAAUCGGGGCAACUGUUUCCAUCUGGAGGGAAAAUAGGGAUAGGGCGUGAAGGCACUGGAAUUCACAAUUCUUGGCAUAAGGAUGGUCGGAAUCAAAUCUAAACCCACUUGGGGAAGGAGGAAGCCACCUUGGGAAGCUGAUGCUGACCCUGGUCCUGCUACACCUGGCUUCAGGCAACACUCCCUGAGGCUGAAGACCUUUCUGAGGUUUGCUGCGCAGGCCCUCCCUUGGCCCUGCCUGGCCUGCCUGAAGGGGCUGUGCCAUACUGACAUGAGGCCAGAAUUAUAAUUUAAAAACCUUUGUAUUGAACAGCAGUGCUGGGCCGACCAGGCAGUGGGACUCACCCAGAUUUCCUCCUUGCCCUGGGCACAGGAGUCGGCCUUUCUGGUCUCCCAGCUGCACCACCCCUGGCACAGCUGCGGGCCCAACCAUGUGUGUGGGGUCUUUGGGGGAAGAUUGCCUUCUCUCUGUGUCAACAGAGCUUUCCUCCAUCCACUUUCACUUAGCUGGAAUCGCCUGUGACUGGUGACUAUCACCCCUCUAUUCUAAGAGCAAGGCCUUUGGGAGGAAGGCUACCCAAUGCUAUGAACCACACUAAAUGUAUGGUGACCGCCAGCAGACUUGGGGGUUGGGGGAUGGGCUGCAGGGUGAGAGAUUGAGAAUUUGGUCUGGGGGACCCAAAUGAGAAUUUAUCUCCAUAUGCCUUCCCUCCCCCAGCUCAGUGAGUCAGGUUUCUGAGUUGUCUUGUCUGGCCACUUUCAUUUCCCCUGGGGCUGGGUGGAGGCUGGUGAAGAAAGGGGAACUGAGCCGUCCAUCUUCUGAGGCCUGGGGGCAGGGCAGGAGCUUUCCCACCCUCCCUGGCCCAGCCUGGAGCUGGGCACUGCUCUAAGGAUGGAGACUUCUUUGCAGGAUGUGGCACUUAGCAGCCACAACCCCAAAAGGUACCAGGCAGAGAAUUUCGGGGGAAACUGAGGCUCACUGUUCCAAGGCCAAAGCAAACCUGGAACAACAGAGGGCAGUCAACUUUCCACCGAGGCAGGCCAGGAAACCCCCUGGGGUUUGAGGACCUCCCAGGCAGCAGCCCGGCCCUGGUUGGAUGGCUUUAGCCGUUAGAAAAUUCUUCAGCCUGGGCCAUCUUCGUCAGUGAAGGCUAUCCUGGUGUUGACUCAAACCCUAGUCCCUUUGCACACAGUGGUACCUCAAACAUUAAGGAUGGCUCUCAUCCCCCUCCCCCACCCCUGAGUGUUCACUUCACCAACCCGAUACCCCGUUUCCUUCAGCCGUUCCUUCCCUGAGAGGCCUGCCAGCCUUGGACCCUAGCCGGCAUUGGAGCCUCAGCAGCCUUCCUCUUGGGUCCAGUCUCACUCCCUUUGACCCGGAAGAGGGUCCUGGAGAGAGCAGGGCUGGUGGCGGGAGAUCAUCCGGAGGACAGAAUGCUUCCAGCAUCUGGGGUGUACCAGACCAUGAACCAGCCCGCCCCAGGUGCCCUCCCGCCGCCCCGCCGUGUGCGGCUGAAGCCCUGGCUGGUGGCCCAGGUGAACAGCUGCCAGUACCCAGGGCUUCAGUGGGUCAAUGGUGAAAGGAAAUUCUUCUACAUCCCCUGGCGACAUGCCACACGGCACGGCCCAAGCCAGGAUGGAGAUAACACCAUCUUCAAGGCCUGGGCCAAGGAGACGGGGAAGUACACCGAGGGGGUGGACGAGGCCGAUCCGGCCAAGUGGAAGGCCAACCUGCGCUGUGCCCUUAACAAGAGCCGUGACUUCCGCCUCAUCUAUGACGGGCCCCGGGACAUGCCGCCUCAGCCCUACAAGAUCUACGAGGUCUGCUCCAAUGGCCCUGCUCCCGCAGAGUCACAGCCCAGCGAGGACCACACGCGUGGUGCAGGAGAGGAGGAGGAGGAGGAGGAGGAAGAGGAAGAGCUCCAGAGGAUGUUACCAAGCCUGAGCCUCACAGAAGCAGUGCACCCUGGUCCCCCCAUGGCACCCUAUUCUUUACCCAAAGAGGAUGUCAAGUGGCCACCUACUCUGCAGCCUCCUGCAGAGCUGGGCCCCCCUGCUCCAGGACCCAACCUCCUGGGCCCUGCCCCUGCCUAUGGGGAGCUUCUCCCUGAGGUCCUGCCGAGCCUGCAGCACGGGGCCCUGGCUGCCAGCCUGCCCCCUGCAAGCGAACAACUCCUGCCCGACCUGCUGAUCAGCCCUCACAUGCUGCCUCUGACUGACCUGGAGAUCAAGUUCCAGUACCGUGGGCGGCCACCCCGUGCCCUCACCAUCAGCAACCCACAUGGCUGCCGGCUCUUCUACAGCCAGCUAGAGGCCACCCAGGAGCAGGUGGAGCUCUUUGGCCCUGUGAGCUUGGAGCAAGUGCGCUUCCCCAGCCCUGAGGACAUCCCCAGUGACAAGCAGCGCUUCUACACGAACCAGCUGCUGGAUGUCCUGGACCGCGGGCUCAUCCUCCAGUUGCAAGGUCAGGAUCUGUAUGCCAUCCGCCUGUGCCAGUGCAAGGUGUUCUGGAGUGGGCCCUGUGCCUUUGCUCAUGGGUCACACCCCAACCCCAUCCAGCGAGAGGUCAAGACCAAGCUCUUCAGCCUGGAGAAUUUUCUCAAUGGGCUCAUCCUGUUCCAGAAGGGCCAGACCAACACCCCACCACCGUUUGAAAUCUUCUUCUGCUUCGGGGAGGAGUGGCCUGACCGCAAACCCCGAGAGAAGAAGCUCAUCACUGUACAGGUGGUGCCCGUAGCAGCUCGGUUGUUGCUGGAGAUGUUCUCAGGGGAGCUUUCCUGGUCGGCUGAUAGUAUCCGGCUACAGAUCUCAAACCCAGACCUCAAAGACCACAUGGUGGAACAGUUCAAGGAGCUCCAUCACAUCUGGCAGUCUCAGCAGCAGUUGCAGCCAGUGGCCCAGGCCCCUCCUGCUGGUGGGGCCUGGCCCAUGCACCCAGCCGGCAUGCAGUGAGGUUGCAGAUAGUGACUGAACUAGGCUUCUUGGGUGGCUGCAUGGAUUAAUGUGGAGGUGUGACAGCCCCAGGGGGCAUCUGACUGGCUGCAGGGUCCUAUCUCUGGGUCUCCGGGAAGUGUAUUUGGGCCAAAAUAGAGGAAAGAGAGGCCCAAAUUCCAGGUUCUCCCUGCAGACAGAAGGCAAAGGAAGCUGGAAGCCAGUUUUGCUAUGGGGGCUGUAUCUUCUGGACAUGCCUCUCCUCUGCUCACCCUGGUCUCCUGGCUCUGGAAGAACUCAGCCAUCGACACCAGUGAGCAGACAAGGAACUCCGACUCCGGGGCCGUCGCUGUCCAGAGGGAAUUGCGCCAGCAUGCCCUCAUUUCCUCUGGCAGAAAGAGCUAAGAGCUCUGGGCCCGGUCCCCUUAGCAGGGCCUCUGCAGGGCACGGGCCUGACUUUGAGCCUAACUUCAUCUUUCUCCUUCCUGAGACAGAUAUGAGCACUUAGGUAUUAUACCAGAUACUUAAGGCUGGCAGCUACCUCUUCUUGAGAGUCCAAGAACCUGGGGUAGAAAGUGGAGUUUUAUAUAUUUUUGGAUUAAUAAAUGUUAAAAACAUUCAGCUAUUCUUUUACUUUUUCCAGCACCAGCUGCUUCCAUGCUAUUCUACUAGACCCUCUUUCUGAUGCCAGCUGGCCCUUCCUCCUAGCACCUCCCCUUCAUCUCUGGUGCCAUUGACACAGAGAGGGCCUGCCUUCCAGGCUGAUGAGUCAGCGGGGCCUUCAUAAACACUCACCUGGCUGGCUGCUUUCCAGGAGGAAGCUGACUAAAGCAAGGGUAUGGAUUUUUAAAUGUGUGCAGAAUAUAAAAUCCUGUCCAAAUCAAUUUUCCCAUAAGAAAUGAUGAAAAAGGGCUGGUAUUUCAAUUACAUCGCAAUCUUUAUCCUUCUGUAUAUUUGCACGCUAUUAAAUAUAUUAGGACAAUGAAUGUAAAUUGGUAGCUCAUUGUUUGAAUCUGGCUCAUAGAUAUAAUUUUCUGGCUUGAAUAAUUUUGUUUAUCUUUUUAUUAUGGAAGAUUUUAAACAUUUGUGAAAGUAGGGAGAAUGGUAUGAAAUCCCCAUGUAGUAACUUCAACAAUUGCCAAUUCAUAGUCUUUCUCAUCUAAACUACCAUCCACACCCCCACCCUGAGGUUAUUUUGAAGCAAAUCCUACCUACACCUAACAUUUUGUGUUGUCAGCAUGUAUCUCUAAGAAGACAGGGACAUUCUGAAAAAACAAAACCACGAUAUCAUCACAUCUAAUGUGAAGACAUUAACUUUUAUAAAAUACCUAUUGUUUAAAAAUUUAAGACAUUAGAUAAAUUUUAUUGCAAUUUAAUUGUGGAAGAAACCAAAUUGUUCUGCAUUCUGCUUUUGCCUAGAUGCUGGCUGCUCUGCUAUUAACGUAUUUUGUCUUCUGUAUUUCCUGUAAAUUGGUACUUUGAUCUAGACUCUGAAUUCUAGAGGCUCAACUGAAUGGAGCUUUUUUAACUACCUAGUUUUAGGUAUUUGUCUCCAUCUUUAGUUAUUAUACAUCAUGCUACAGUGAAGAGGCUUGUGCAUACUCAUCUUUUCAUAGUUUUGCCAGUGUAUCUUUGGGAUGGAGCCCCAGAAAUGGGAUUUCUGGGCCAAAGGAAAAAUAUAUGUAAUUUUUCUAGAUAUUGGCAAAAUCCUAUUAAACCUGAGUGUGCCUGUUUCCCCAAUCACACCAACAAACUAUACUAACAUUCUGGAUUUUUGCCAACCUGACAGAUCAAAAAUAGUAUCUUAGUGCCACUUCUCAUUAUGAGCAAGGCCAAGCGUCUUUGUGUGGUUAAGUGGCCUGUGCGGAUUUUAAAAAAAUUUUAGAAUAGUUUUAGAGUUACAGAAAAGUUACUUGAGAGUUCCUAUAUACCUCAUACCGUUUCCCCAAUUGCUAACACCUUAUGUUACUAUGGUAUAUUUGUCACAACUAAUGAAUCUGUAUGAAUACACUAUUAUUGACUCAAUUCCAAUCUUUAUUCAGAUUUAAUUAGUUUUUAUCUAAUAUCCUUUUUCUGUUCCAGGAUCCCAUCCAAGUUAUCGCAUUACAUUUAGUCAUGUCUCCUUUGCCUCUACCGGUCUGACAAUUUCUCAGAGGUUCCUUGUUUUUGACUUUGAGGGCACACAUGAGAAAGUCCCCUAUUUUGGGUUUAUCUCUUGCGUUUCUCAUGGUUUUUGUAAGGAAGACCACAGAGGUGAAGUGUCAUUCUCACAUCAUCACACUGAGGGCACAUGCUACCACCGUGAUUUUUUCGUGAUCACCUGGCUAAGAUAGUGUUUGUCAGGUUUCUCUACCAUAGGUGACGCCUCUUCCCACCUUUUCCAUACUGCACAUACACACAGAGGUUUCAGAAUUGUUAACCCAUACCCUUUAAGAAACUUUACCGACUAGAACACAGUGUUUAUGUACAGUUCCUUUUGUCUUUAGUUUUCAAUCAUUUACCAAGGUUAGCACUUUUCCCCACUGGCCUGUAUAGCUCUAUUUCCUCUUUAGAUUGAAAUAAGUUGUCAACACUUUAAGAUUAGUAGAUGUCACCCACCUGAUUUCCAGCUUCUUUCAGGGAAUUGGGAAAUACAGAAGCAUUCCCAUUACAUUCUCCAAUAGCGAUAAUGAGCUGGAACUUCAGAUGGGCGAGUUCAGUACAGUCCUCUCCCAGCCUGCUUCCCUCCUUUCACUGCCUUGUCCCUGAAGGCAUCUGGGUUAGAAACCCUUGAUGAACAGUGGAGCAGGGAGCCCGAGAAUAGAUGAACUAUGGAAUCUUGGAAGGAAGAUCUGCACUAGGUGACUACUUGUAGAUGGAUUUCUCUAAUACUGCAGGAAGCUCAGUGGCUGCUGCAAAUCCUCUUUGGGCUUCGACUUUUUGACUUUUUAAAAAAUAAAACAAAAAUGAAAAUGAAAAA